GUAACUAACUGAUUACAAUCCUCCCUUUCUGCCAGGAAACCAGACCUGAAGGUCUUCAGCCUCUUUGUAGAUUUCAGUGUCUGUAAUUCUCCACUGAUUUCACCAUGAUGACGAGCUCUGGGAGGAGUCCAGUAUCCUUUCUCUUUGAAUGCAGGCAUGGCUUCUUUACCUCAUAUAGUGGUACAGUCACUAGUUGAGCUGGAGGGCCAUGUAGCUCUGGUCCUUUGGGAACUGUCAGUUAUGACUUUGAUUUACAGGAUGUGGCCUUUGGCUCUCUAAAACAAGUCCCAGAGAUAGGUUGUAGGUUGAGAACAUUUGGGAUGUAUUACCAGGUCUUCAGAUGACUUACUGUUGCUUAUAGUUUUAUCAGUUAGACGUUAUUUUAUGUAAUAGCUAGCAAUCCCAAACUGCAGCAUGCAAAAGACAGAUUGUUCUCAGGCAAAGCUCGGAAGAAAGCAAGCAGUCUCUAGAAGGGAGAUGAAGUUUGAACAAGUUUAGACUCUCAGAUUAUAAGAAGAAAACUUGGAUCUCCUAGGUCUUAGUCCAGAUCUUUUAGCAAAACAACUUCUUUCCGCUCUGAGACUCCACCCUUAGCUCUAGUAAACAUUUAAAAUUUCUCUAUUAGGUUGACAUCACUUCUACAGAUGUUUGUAUGACAUGCUGUCUUCUCUGAUGCUCCUCACUGUUUUGAAUGGAGUUUCCCGCACUAAAUUUAGACGUGGAUGAAGUUUUGUUGCUCAUUUUGGUUUCAGUUCCCAAUUCCUUCAGAUCAUACUAUGGAGACUUGUGUUUGGUAAUUUAAACCUCAUUACCGGCCCAGUGAGUGCCCUGCAUACAUAGAGGACUCCACUUAAUUAAAACUGCCAUAUAACUGUAGCCUUAAUAUUGUGGUUUACUCUGGAACAUUACUUUGUAUAAAGCAGUGUGUUAAGACUGGAGCUCUGUCUUUCCUUGGUUUGUGUUACAGAAUAGUAUGGUGCUUUCUGCUGCUAUAUUCAUCACGCUCAUCGGCCUGAUUGUAUAUCUGCACUUUGUGAAGAUUGACCAGGAAUCACUGUUAGUCAUUGGCUCACUUGGCAUUCAGGUGACUUCAUCCUAUGCUUCAGGGAAGGAGAGCACAACCUUCAUUGAGAUGAGUCAGGUGAAGGAUGUGGUUAUCAAUGAAGCCAUCCACAUGCAAAAAGUUAUCUAUUACCUGUGCAUCCUUCUCCAGGACCCUCAGGAUCCUCAGGGAGUGUCUGAGGUUGUGCCACUCUUUCAGAGCUCCAAGCCACGUCUGGACUGCUUGAUGGAAGUGUACAAAAGUUGUCAAGAAAUCCUGGAGCAGAGGAAGACAACUCCCCAGUCAAGUGGAAUAAAAUAAAAAAAAAAAAUCAAGACAGACUUUCAGCAGAAUUUGGAGGCACACAUGGAAAAGCAAGCAAAACUGACCCAUGGUGUGUUUGGUUGGUUGGUUGUUGUUGUUUUGUUUUGUUUUGUUUGUUUGUUUUUUAAAUUAGAUAAGUAGAAUGUGGUACAGCAGGAGAAUGAUGUUAAGGCUGAAGGCCUGCACAGAAUCACAGGGCUAUUAUAGUAGAAAAUGUCAGCUCAGGAACACGAUCGACCCUUGUGCCAGGGUGCUGUCAUCUAUUGCUGUGAAGACAGGUGAGUAGAACUUUUUAAGAGUCAGACAGAAAAGGUUUCUCCAGGCCUCCCCAAGAAAGAAUUAGGGGAAAUGCAACAAGGAGGGGUCAAAAGCAUGCAUGGAUUGUGUAUUCUUUAGUGGAUCUGAAAAUUCUGAUAUACACACAAUGGCCAGAUUGCCCCAAAUGUGCAUUUUUUAUGAGUUUCUUCUCAACCUUUUCUUUGAAAAAAAGACCACUCUAGAAGACGAAAACUGAUGGAUGGGUUAGGAUGGUAACUUCCUCUGAUCCGUAGGGGGAUUUCAGAAGAAAAUAACAGAAAAUUAAAAUAUACUGUAGCAUUCAGUUACAUUCACUAAAAUGUCUACUGUUCUUUAAAAGGGCCGCAUCAGUUGCCCUUGGAAUAUGAGAAAAUAUGUUGUUGAACAUGGUGAGAAUGACUGUGUGAAUAAAGCUGUAUCGAUUUAUGUUCUA